AUGGACCACUCUUUGAAUGAUCUUCAUAAGAAACGAAAGACACGAUUUCCACUUUCAAGAAUAAAAAAGAUCAUGCAGCAGAACGAAGAUGUUGGAAAGGCAGCAAUAACUGUUCCUGUUGUGCUCAGCAAGGCUUUGGAGAUGUUUUUUGAGCAGAUUAUAUCCAAAAUGGCAGAGAGUGCAAAAAGAAGAGAAUCAGCUAAGAUCCAAGCACAGGAUUUCAGAAGUGUUGUUAAGAGCAAUGAAGAACUGUAUUCAUUUUUGGUGCCACUGUGCAGCACUGAGAAAGAAGAUAGCCAGUAG